AUGGAUGCGUGGAGCGCUGCCAAUGCGCCACACCGAAUUCUGGUGUAUCGCACCGUUGGCUGGACCUAUGUCGUGGGCGGGAGCAAGGAUCAGCAGGCAUGGAGGAUCCUCAAGCUCAGUCGACGAGAGGUCGAGCUCACUGUCGUGGAGGACCCCACCACGUACACGCGGGAGGAGCUCACCUCCCUCCUGCGAUGCCUGCGUGACGGCAACCAGGCCGCGGGCGGGCUCCAGUUCGUGUGCAGGGCGCAUGGUAUGGCGGGGUGCUUCAGGUUCCUGCAGGGCUACUACCUCCUGCUCAUCCUGAAGAAGUCGAUGCAGGGCCUCAUCGCAGGGCACAAGGUGUACGGCGUGGAGAGCACGGCGCUCCUCCCCCUGCUGCACCCCGAGGCGCAUGCCGCGGCCUUCCGUGAGGGCGGCACCGCGCUGCCCGAGGCGCGCUACCGCCGCAUCUUCGGCGGCGUGCCCCUUGACUCUAGCUUCCUCUUCUCCCGCACCUGGCCCCUGUGGCGCAGCGUGCAGAGCGUGCUGGCCCCCGGCGCACCCGCCGCCGCCCCGCCCCCCAACCCCGACCCCUUUGCCAGCCAGUGGGUGUGGAACGCGCACAUCUCCCUCCCGCUGCGCGCGCUGGGCCUGGCGCGCUGGCUCACGCCGCUGGUGCAUGGGUUCUGGACGCAGCGCCGCCUCUCCGUCUUCGGCCGCCCCUUCACGCUGACGCUGCUGGCGCGGCGGUCGCGGCGCUUCGCCGGCACGCGCUACCGCAAGCGCGGGCUCAACGCCGACGGCUUCGUGGCCAAUGAGGUGGAGCUGGAGCAGGUGGUGGAGGCGGGGCUAGACCGCCGCACCCGCCUCCCCGCCAUCUCCUCCUGGCUCCAGCUCCGCGGCUCCCUGCCCCUGUUCUGGUACCAGGCCGCCAGCAGCGCGGUGCUGAAGCCCGAGAUCGUGGUGCAGCAGUACGACCCGCUGUACCGCGCCACCGCCGCGCACUUUGACGCGCUGCGCGCGCGCUACGGCGACCCGGUCGUCGCGCUGGACCUGGUGCGCCGCAGCGGGCGCGAGGCGGCGCUGGGCCGCGCCUACGAGGCCGCGCUGGCCCAGCUGAACCGGGGGUGGGCGCGGGAGGGGCGCCCGGGCGUCGCCUAUGUCGCCUGGGACAUGCAGGCGGCGGCGAAGCGCGCCCCGCGCACGCUGCUGGCGCGCCUGCGCCGCGUCCAGGCCCCCGCCCUGGACGCCACGGGCUUCUUCGUCCUGGGCGGCGCGACCGGGGGGUGGGGGUCCUGCGCCAGGGCCGCACCCGACGGCGGCGAGGGCGGCGCAGGGGAGCGGGACUCCGGCGCCGCGGCCGCGGCCGCCCCCCCCUCGUCUCCCAGCCUGCGGCUGCAGUCCGGCGUGCUGCGCACCAACUGCAUCGACUGCCUGGACCGCACCAACCUAGCCCAGUUCGCGGCGGGGCUGUCGGCGCUGGGGCGUCAGCUGGCGGCGCUGGGCCUGUCCGGCUCCGCGCGCGGCCUGGCCCCCGACUCCUCCGCCGCGCGCGCGCUGAUGGACGCAUACGAGGCGGCGGGGCACGCGGCCGCGCAGCAGUACGGCGGCAGCGAGGCGCACGCCUCCUUCUUCCAGCGCGCGCGCGGCGACGGCGCGGCAGCCACCACUUCGCGCGACCUGCUCACCUCCCUGCGCCGCUUCUACAGCAACGCAUACACCGACGCCGACAAGCAGGACAGCAUCAACCUGCUGCUGGGCGUGUUCCGGCCCGAGCCGGGGCAGCCACACCUCUGGGAGCUGGACUCCGACUCUGCCCUGCGACCGGGGGGUAGGCAAGGCUCGCUAGAGGGCUCGGUGCGGGCCGGCAGGUUUGUGCCCCGUAGGCAUGGCGCAGAUGCGGGCUCCCUGGAGCGCCUGCCGCAGGAAGGGCACCGAGGCCUGAGCGCGGGCGUGGCACCCGUGCCCCCCACCCUGGCCCCACUGCGUGGCCUCGGCGGCGGCGCAACGGCGGCGCCGGCGCCGGCUGCGGAGCGGGGAGGCCAGCCAGGAUCCAUCCUCCAGCCGCCCCUCCCCACGGCCGGGGAGGAGAGCGACACCUCGGGCGACGAGUGCUUCACGCCCUCCCUGCUGCACCUGCUCUCCUCCGCGUCGGCGGAGGACUCCUUUGCCCCCUCGGCCUCCGUGGACUUGGCGCUGGCCGCCGGCCUGGCCCCCGCCCCUGCCGCGCUGCUGACCCAGGAGCUGGGGGCCGCGAGCCAUCCCCCCGAGCAAGCCGCGGUGCUGUGGGGCGCGGAGGCCGUGCGCCACGGCCUCGACUCGCUGGGCGUCUCGCCCGGCGUGGCGGCCUGGUGGGCGGGCGACCAGCUAGCAGUGCUGGUGCAGCAGGGCCUGACGCUGCGCGCGGGGCUGGCCCAGGACGCCAUCCACAAAUGA